AAAAAAAAAAAAAACACGUGAUAACUAAAACUGAAUCCAAGUAGACGCUUCGGAACGAGUGGAGUUUCCCGCGCUUUCCUCGUCAACAAAACUUUUGGCGGGACGAAGAAGCAGGCCGGCGUCCCUCUGUAUUUCUUGGCUUGUGCAUCAUUUCUGGUGAGAGAGUACCUGCAGUGUGAGGAUGUCGUCCCCUGGCCGUCGCAGCACCCGCUCCACUCCAAGCAAGAGGAGUGACACCAGUGAACUGCUCCCCCUCCCCUCAUCCUCCCCUGGCCCAGAGCUCCUCCCAGCCACCUCCCCUGCACCCUCCGCCACUCCUGCCCGCCUCCAGUCUGUUCUGAAUGAGGUGGACCUGAGCUCCCCCCUCAACUAUGGCACCCCAAGCAGUGUGGGCUCCUCCCUGCGCACGCCUCGCUCAGGAGUCCGUGGCACCCCCAUCAGGCACCGCUCUGACAUCCGCUCUGACCGCCGCAUGAGACAGGUGAAUCUCACCACGGAUCCCCUGAGUGAGGCCAAUGCUGAAGGUGCCGCACCUGGUACAGCUCCCCCUGGUGGGUCAGCCCAGACAGAAGGACCUCAGGGAGGGCAGCUGGUGAUCUGGGGCACAGAUGUGGUGGUGUCGGAGUGCAAGGAUCGCUUCAAGACCUUCGUGCAAACCUUUGUGGACCCUGAUGCUGCUGAUGACGAGCGCUGUGAGGGGAUGAACACGGAUGAGCCUUUGUACCUGCAGAAACUGGAGGAGAUCCACACCCUGGAGGAGCCCUUCAUGAACGUCAACUGUGGACACCUUCACCAGUUUGACACAGACCUCUACAGGCAGCUGGUGUGCUACCCACAGGAGGUGAUCCCCAGCCUGGACAUGGCAAUCAAUGAGAUGUUCUUUGAGCGCUACCCAGACACCAUCCUGGAGCACCAGAUUCAAGUGCGGCCCUUCAAUGCUGAGAAAACCAAGAACAUGCGCUCCCUCAAUCCUGAAGAGAUCGAUCAGCUCAUCACAAUCUGUGGCAUGGUGAUCCGCACGUCCAACCUGAUCCCAGAGAUGCAGGAGGCCUUCUUCAAGUGCCAUGUGUGCGCCUUCACCACCACUGUGGAGAUUGACCGCGGCCGCAUCGCUGAGCCCACUGUCUGCACCUUCUGCAACACCUCCCACUCCUUCACCCUCAUCCACAACAGGUCCAGGUUCUCUGACAAGCAGAUGGUCAAGCUGCAGGAGAGUCCAGAGGACAUGCCGGCAGGCCAGACACCUCACACAGUGCUGCUGUAUGCCCACAAUGACCUGGUGGACAAGGUGCAGCCGGGCGACCGAGUGACUGUCACUGGGAUCUACCGUGCUGUGCCGCUGCGCCUCAACCCCAGAGUGCGCAACCUCAAGAGUGUGUACAAGACUCAUAUUGAUGUGGUGCACUUCCGCAAGGUGGACACCAAGCGUCUGCACGGCCAGGAGGAAGGGGAGACGCCUCGCUUCACCCCAGAGCGCAUUGAGGUGCUGAAAGAACUCUCCAAUAAGCCUGAUGUGUAUGAGCGCCUGGCCCGGGCCAUCGCUCCCUCCAUCUAUGAAAAUGAGGACAUCAAGAAGGGCAUCCUCCUCCAACUCUUUGGCGGCACACGGAAGAACUUCAGUCAGACAGGACGAGGGAACUUCAGGUCUGAGGUGAACAUCCUGCUGUGUGGUGACCCCGGUACCUCCAAGUCUCAGCUGCUGCAGUAUGUGUACAACUUGCUGCCGCGCUCCCAGUACACCAGUGGGAAGGGCUCCUCUGCUGUGGGCCUCACUGCAUACGUGACCCGUGACCCAGAGACCCGCCAGAUGGUGCUGCAGACUGGCGCACUGGUGUUGGCGGACAAUGGCAUCUGUUGCAUUGAUGAGUUUGACAAGAUGAAUGACUCAACCAGGUCAGUGCUGCACGAGGUGAUGGAGCAGCAGACCCUCAGCAUUGCCAAGGCUGGCAUCAUCUGCCAGCUCAACGCCCGCACCUCCGUCUUGGCUGCUGCCAACCCCCUCGAGUCACAGUGGAACAAGAACAAGACCAUCAUCGAGAACAUCCAGCUGCCGCACACCCUCAUGUCUCGCUUUGACCUCAUCUUCCUCAUCCUGGACCCGCAGGAUGAGGUGUACGACCGUCGUUUGGCCCGCCAUCUGGUGUCCCUCUACCAUAAGGCUGAUGGCAUCAGUGAGGAGGAGCAGCUGGACAUGAGCAUCUUAAGGGACUACCUUGCCUAUGCCCGGGAGUAUGUCCAUCCCAGGCUGAGCGAGAAUGCGUCCCAGCGUCUCAUCUCGGCCUAUGUGGAUAUGCGCAAGGUGGGAAGUGGACGAGGCCAGGUCACCGCUUACCCACGUCAGUUGGAGUCGCUCAUCCGCCUUGCCGAAGCCCACGCUAAGGUGCGGCUUUCUAACGAGGUGGAGGUGGCUGAUGUGGAGGAAGCGUGGAGACUCCAUCGCGAGGCUCUCAAACAGUCCGCCACUGAUCCACUGUCUGGCAAGAUAGACGUCAGCAUCCUCAUCACCGGUUUGAGCUCGGCGGCACGCAAGAAGAGGAUGGAGUUGGCCCAGGCGCUGCGCAAGCUGAUUCAAGCCAAGGGCAAGGUGCUCACCCUCAAUGGCCAGAAACUGUUCCAAGACAUGAAGGAGUCCUCGGACCUGAUGAUUACGCGAGAGAUGUUUGAGGACGCACUGAGGGACCUUCAAGAUGACGAGUUCCUCCAAGUGACAGGCAAGUCCAUCCGCAUCUUGCACUAGCCGUCACCACCACAACCACUCCUUCCUGUGGAGACAACAAAACAAUGACACUCCCGGCAGACCGUGUGACGUGUUCCUCUAGUGAUGUGCACUGGUUAUUGUUCUAAGGUUAUAUUGUGCCUCAGAAUGCUGACUGUACAGCUAAUGUGCAAGGAAAACAGCCUCCUCCAUUUUACCCUGUGUUAGAAAUGUGUUGAACAAGUGAGAGAAACUUUUAUUUGCCUGCCAUUGUAUACUGUGCUCAGAUGAGUUUGUGAAUUUGUUCCUCCAUACAUUUACUACAUGAUAUAUAUAUCUAGCUGGAGGAACAGGAUGGUAUUAGCUACUGUUAUGUAUAGGUUGAUUAACUUUCCAUGCUGUGUUGUAUUGUUAAUCCCCCCCUCUCUCUCUCUCUCUCUCUCUCUCUCUCUCUCUCUCUCUCUCUCUCUCUCUCUCUCUCUCACACAGACCCACAGGAUAUCCCCCCACAGUAUGUUUACAAACCACAGUCACUCUGCAGCCUCUCACGUACAAACACUCCCAGUGCUCCCUCCCAUAGAAAUAUUUUUAUGUAUGUUAUUAUUAAUAAAUUUAUAGUAAACUUA